UCGGCGAACACUACCUGCUAGCUAGGAAACGUAGGCCGAGCAGGCGAGCCAUGGCAGAACCGUUCACUCGCUCCGUGGCGCAGCUCGUCUGCGCUCAGAUCUGCGAGUCGUUCGGCUUCCAGUCGAUCCAACGGUCAGCGCUCGAGACCCUGUCGGACAUUCUGACUCGCUUCAUCACCAGCGUCGGCGACGCAGCACACGCGCACGCGGAGCUCGCAGGGCGAACCGACGCUAACGCCAACGACGUCGCUCUCGCUCUCUCCGAUGUCGGCACGUCGCUCGGCGAUCUCGCUCGUUUCGUCGAAUUCGCCGACGACGUCUCGUCGCCGUCGUUAGCGCAAGCCGUCCCGUCCUUCCCCGUGCCCCGACACCCGCGCUUCGUCUCCGCCAGUUUCCUCCAGAGCGGGGAGGAGCCCCCUCCGCGCGGCGACAUUCCGGAGUGGCUGCCGGCGCUGCCGGACCCCCAUACCUACAUCGCCACGCCUGUGUGGGAGGCUCGGGGGCAGGACAAGCGGCAGGAUCGGGUGGAGGAGGGGCGGGAGCGGCGGCGCGCGGAGCAGUCGCUUGUGUCGCUGCACCAGCGCAUGGGGAUGGUCACGGCGGGCGGCGCGCAGGCGCGCGGUGGUGCUGGCGGCGGCCGGUUGCUGUGGGGGGGAUGGUCUCACGCUGGGGGGGGGGACGACCUCCCCGCAAGGCUAGAAGCGGGGAUUUACCCCCGCGUGGCGACUGGUGCGCCGCCCGCCGUGCGCAACGAGCAGGGCGCGGAGCGGAGCGAGGGGCGGAAGAAGCGGAGAAGGGAGUCCGGAUCAGGCAGCGGGUCGGUGGCAGGCCAGGUUCCUUCUGCGCUGGACGCGUUUCAGGGGCUGAUGAAGGCCGUGGGGAGGGAGCAGGGCAGGGGAGGCGCGGGUGAGGGGUUCGAGGAGAGUGAGGAGGAAGGGGGUGAGUUAGGGGAGGGAAUGGAAGGGCGGAAUGGGGACGCCAUGGCCGUGGAUGGCGAUCUUGAGCUGGUGGAAGGUGGCGAGGAGAGGAAGAGCGGCGGCAGUGGGGCCCAGGGAGGUCAGGUAGCGGGGGAUUCAAGCGAGAGGGUGAAGGACGUUGGGUGGUCGGCAGUGGAGAGGGUUUCAGGGGCGGGUGCCUCGGGAGUGUCGUUUCAUCUGGGCAGCAAGAUCAAAGCGAAACUUGGAGCUGCGAGGAUGCAGUUGCCUGUUGUGCUGAGGCAGCCAAGAGCUAGGGGUGGGCCCGGUGGGAGUGAUGGCACUGGGAAGGGCGAAGAGGACAAGGAGAGGAAGGGUAAGGACAAGAGAGAGAGGGGCAAGGAUGAUGAGAGGGAUGAGAAAAGGAAGAGAGCGGAGCAGAUAUUGGAGCAAGCAGGGAGGGGGGCAGCUGAGGCAGCCAUUGGCGAUGGUAGAUAGGAAUCAAGGGCUCAUAUCUUGUCUGCAUUAUGACACUAGCUCAGGUUAGACUUGAGCUUUACCCGCAUACCUACAGAUGAGGCGUACCUUCACGUUAAUUCUUCCAUGCUUUUGGAUUUAUCUAUAUUUUGCACACUUGAGAGAGUUUGUUUGUAUGGAUGUAUACGUGCAGAUCUGUGCCAUUAUCGGAAAUUUGGUGCUGUGUUGAUCUGCGGCUUGCAGCAUGCGUCAACCUCAUCCCCCCAGCCCUCAUCGCUUCUCGCCAUUCAGCUUCUCGUCUCGUCUCCAGAUCGUCACGGUAUUGUGGGUUCGUGUCAGCAAAAGCCUUGAUGUUACG